AUGGAUUGUUCAGAAGAGGUUCAGUCUGUGUCUGAAGAGCCCAGAGCUCAAAUGGAGCUUAAAAAAGGAAUGUCGAUUUUCAUUGAUAUUUUACGGAGAGCUGAUAAAAACGAUGAUGGAAAGCUGUCCUUUGAUGAAUUCAAAGCCUACUUCUCUGAUGGUGUCUUGACAUCUGAGGAAUUGAAGGAGCUCUUCCACACAAUUGACACUCACAACACAGACAAUGUGGACACCGAUGAACUGUGUGACUAUUUCUCACAGCACCUCAGUGAAUAUGAGAAUGUUCUCGCUGCCUUAGAAGACCUGAAUAUGUCCAUACUGAAGGCGAUGGACAAAACAAAGAAGGAUUAUCAGGAGUCCACCCACCUGGAGCAGUUUGUGACCCGUUUCUUGCUGAAGGAGACAACCAAUCAGCUGCAUUCACUUCAAAGCUCUCUUGAGUGUGCCAUGGAAACCACAGCCGAGCAGACUCGACAGGAGAGACAGGGCCCGCUGAAGCCAGAGGUUUUGUCCAUCCAGUGGUCAGGUCGUCGCUCCAAUCGCAGGCUUCAGAGGAACAGCAGCCUCUCUCCUAACAACCCUCUCCUCAGCCUCGUCAAUUCAGGUGUUUAUGAAGAAGACGGCCAGUGGAUGAUCCAAGUCAACAGACUGCAGAGGCUCAUUGACCGUCUAGAAAAAAAGGAGAUCCGUCUGGAGCCCGUUGAAGAGGAGGUCUUGGAGAGCAAAUCGCACAUCCUGAUAGUCCAGAGGCAGCUCUCGGUGCUGGAGGAGGAGCUGGAGGAGUUUCGUUUGGCUCUCAGACAGUACAUGGAGUGUGCCUGCGCCCAGACUGGAUGCCUACACAUCGCAGUUCAGCGGCUGGCAAAUGAAUCACGGUUCAUUCUCUAUGAAUUCUGGGAGCAUAACAACGUGUGGAAGAAUCACCUGCAGACCAACUACAGUAAGACAUUCCAGAGGGGGAAUGUGGACUUCCUGGAAACUCCUGAGAGCAUAACCACCAUGCUGGUUCCUGCCUCAUGGUGGGUCCUCAACAACAACUGA